AUGGAAAAGCAACAUUCCAAAAUAAAUACAGAAAAUAAAAAAGAAAUUGGUGAAAUAAAAGCAAAAAUUUAUGAUUUUAGUUGUGAUUUAUCUCAGCGUAUUAGCGAUUUUCAAAAUUUAAAUAAAACUUGCUAUCAAAAAAUCGAUGAAUUAGAAAAAAAAAUAUCUGAAAAAGUUGGCGUUGAAUCUGAUAACUUUUAUCAUAUAUAUUAAAUAUUUUGAAAUAAUUUUAUAUUAGUCUGCUAUUUUUUUCUGCUCAAAGAUAAGGCUGAUCAGUUAUUUAAAGAUGAUUGUUAAAUUAAAUUAUGUUUAUUAUAACUGAAAAGUAAUAAAGAAUUGAAUUCUUAUAUAUAAGCACCUUAAAUAUUUGAAUUUAAAUAAGGAAAACAGCAUAAUUAAAAAUAAAUUUUGUUAACUGCUAUAAAUUUCAUUUUAAUUGUUAUAUUGUAUAUCUUACAAUUAAUCUUAGAAAGAGUAAGAUAAAAAGCGAAUUAAAUGCGUUUGUAUUAAAGAAAAGUUUCCUAACUGAGAUUAACAAUUUAUCCCUAGGCAUAGCCGUAUUAAAGGAAAGUUUCCUAACUGAGAUUAAUAAUUUAUCCCUAGGCAUAGCAGCAGUAAACCAAACGCUAGAUACUGAUAGAGCAAAGUCUAAAGAAAUAGAAAAUAAAUAUAAAGCUGAAAUAUCAAAACUGAACAAAAUAAUCAAUGAAAUUGGAAAAGAAAUCACAGAUAUGGCCAAAACAAUUAGUUAUAUAGAUGAUGUCAAUCAAAUUGAAUCAAAAUUACCAUCUAGCAUAAAAAAAAAUGCCAAAAUUGAUGCAAAAACAAAUCCUUUGGAGAAGAGUCAGCUUAAAUAGAUUAAAAAUAAUUCCCUUUAAUAGCACCAUAGUUUGGUAGUUUCGAAUUUGAUCCCACAAAAACUAAUAAUUUUGUUCGGACUAAAUUGUAAUUUUAGCGGGCACUAGCUCAAUACAGAUAUGACAAAUAAGGGGAAAAAAAAUUGAAAAAACACUUAUUAGCAACCCCUAUCGGCGAAUUUAACAACUAAACAGCCAAAAUACACUGAAACGAGGCGCAGAGCAAUUGAACUAAUUUCAGUUUGUAAGGCAAGCAAAGCAAAUAUAUAGUGCAAUGCCAUUUUAUUGAAGAGUCAGCCGAUGCAAAAUAUUUCAUCCUAUUCUCCUAGAGAGAAAACUUCGCUAUCCAAUAGCCAAAUGGCACUUGAAAUAAAUACUGCAGCUGAAGAGUGCAGCAACUCAAAGCACAACACUGGCUAUCAUUUAUCAGAAUGUCCUAAAACCAUUGUCUUGAUUGCCUUAAAAAAUAUAUUAACGAAAGAAAUGGCCUACAAAGAAAGUUUUAUUGCCAUCAUGGAAUAA